AGGUCACAUCUCUCAGGCGGUGUUGCUGUGUGUUCGCGCUGCGGCUCGCGGAGAAGAUGGCGGCGCGUGGAGGUUUUCAGCCUGCGACACCGGGAGGCGGCGGAGUACCGAUGGGACCCGGGCCGCCGGUUGCCGUGGCGGGGCCUGGUAUGGGCCCCGGUACGCCGCCGGGACGGAUGGGCCCCGGCGGGCCACAGAACCACAUGUACCGAUCACCGAUGCCCGGAUACCCGAGACCAGGAAUGCCUCCAUCCAGUCGUAUGACCCCUCAGGGACCCUCCAUGGGGCCUCCGGGUUUCGGGGGCAGUCCAGUGUCUCGCCCCGGCAUGCCCGUCAUGGACCCGUCCCGCAAGAGACCACCGCCGAAUCAGAUUCAGCAGGUCCAGCAACAGAAUCGCAACCAACAUGCCAAGAAGAAGAAAAUGGCAGAUAAAAUUCUACCUCAGCGAAUCAGAGAGCUUGUCCCCGAGUCUCAGGCGUACAUGGACCUGCUGGCGUUCGAGAGGAAACUUGAUCAGACCAUCAUGCGCAAGAGACUCGACAUCCAGGAAGCUCUCAAGAGACCCAUCAAGCAAAAACGAAAGCUGCGUAUCUUUAUCUCCAACACCUUCAACCCCGCCAAAGCUGACGCGGAGGACGGCGAGGGCACCGUUGCAUCAUGGGAGCUCCGUGUGGAGGGUCGACUUCUGGAAGACACCGCUGUGUCCAAGUAUGAAGCCACCAAACAGAAGAGGAAGUUUUCAUCUUUCUUUAAGUCAUUAGUCAUCGAGUUGGAUAAAGAUUUAUAUGGACCUGACAAUCAUCUGGUUGAGUGGCACAGGACAGCCACGACUCAGGAGACGGAUGGGUUUCAGGUGAAGAGACCUGGAGAUGUUGGUGUUCGCUGUACUGUACUCCUCAUGCUCGACUACCAGCCUCCUCAGUUCAAGUUGGACCCUCGAUUGGCACGACUGCUGGGCAUCCACACUCAGACUCGCCCCGUCAUCAUUCAGGCCCUGUGGCAGUACGUGAAGACCCACAAACUGCAGGACCCUCACGAGCGAGAGUUCAUCAACUGUGACAAAUACCUCCAGCAGAUCUUUGAAUCCCAGAGGAUGAAGUUCUCUGAGAUUCCUCAGCGUCUGCACGCGCUACUCAUGCCACCCGAGCCGAUCAUCAUCAACCACGUCAUAAGCGUGGACCCCAACGACCAGAAGAAGACGGCGUGUUAUGAUAUCGAUGUGGAGGUGGACGACACCCUGAAGACGCAGAUGAACUCUUUUCUUCUGUCCACGGCCAGUCAACAGGAGAUCGCAGGGCUCGACAACAAGAUCCAUGAGACCAUUGAGACGAUCAACCACCUGAAGACUCAAAGGGAGUUCAUGUUGAGUUUUGCCCGAGACCCGCAGGGAUUCAUCAAUGAUUGGCUGCAGUCGCAGUGCAGAGACCUGAAGACGAUGACUGAUGUGGUCGGUAACCCAGAGGAGGAGAGACGUGCAGAGUUCUACUUCCAGCCCUGGGCUCAAGAGGCCGUCUGCCGUUAUUUCUAUUCAAAGGUCCAGCAGAGGAGACAGGAGCUGGAACAGGCUCUCGGCAUUCGAAACACAUAAGCGUGCUUGUGUAUGUUGUGACCGAGGAUCAGACGGGUUUCUGCUAGCGAAUGUAACUGUCGUAUCUGAUCACUACAGUUAUAAUACCUUUAUCUCGUAUAGUCCUGCUGUAGCCCCCCAGGAGACCAUUUCCAUCGACUCCGCUAAAAACGCGGCCGAAUAAAUUCGAGUUUCAUGCUCGGUCUAAAGAUCAGUAAAGAAAGUUUUCAGAAUCUCUCAUUUUAGAAAAUGCUGUUUUCUGACCUAACUGACAGGCUUUGUGAGAUGUUUUGUUCAUCAUUAUUAUCGCAACAUUACUAAAUCAUGAAUAGGAAUCUCAAACUACUCGAUUCGCUGAUUUACAUAUUAACAAAUCAGCCAGAAAUAUUUUUUCUGAGGGGUCAUUGUUUAUUUUUGAAGUAAUCGAUAUUGUCUUUGAUAUUUUAAUGUUCUCAUAAUAUGAACUUUGAAGAUUAGUCUAGUUACGUACAGAUUAUUAACUUAGUUUAGUACCUCAGCUCCGCGAGGAGGAAAUAUUUAGAUGGAGAAGUCGAUCGGCGUUCCCGCUCGGUAACAGAAUUACCUUCAGUACUCUUGCGUUCUGUAGUGGUUGUAGUCCAGCACGUUAGCGAACGAAGCUUCGCAAGAUUAGACGCACUACUGAUCGACCUGUUUGCGUAUUGAUCUUCUGGUCCUAAACUGUUAAGUAGUUUCACGCUAUCCUCGCUGUGAUCUAUAAAUUUAUCUUUUGCAGAAUUGCCUCUAUAGAUUAAUGGUUCAUUAAAUACUUGUCUAUAUUGUCGGUUCUAAACGAUGAUAUUGAAAACCUGCUACUGCAAAUAGUAGUUCUCAGCUGCCCAUCAAACGGGUUGUGUUUUUAACGUUUAUAGAUCUGCUAAAGAUACACCAAUGCUUCCUCCACUCAACUUAUUUAAAGAUUUAGAAGUGAUUUGUUUACUUUAACAUUCUUGCUAGUUAACAAUCUUAUUAGUUAACAAGUCUUGCAUUUGCUUUGACUGGAGAUCCAUUUUAUAUCGUCUUUUUUUCAUGGACCAAAUGUUGUAAUUCUCUGUUAGCUUUUGUGUUAUAAUAAAGAUUAUCUUGUAUUAAUGCUCA